AUGGUGGCCCUUAUCCAGGUCUUACUGCUCGCUGCACCGGCUUUCGCGGCCCCCUAUGAAGUGUCCAGGACUUCACCUGCCGAAUGCCACACCAACGCCGAGUGCCUCGCGGCUGGCCUUCCUCUAUUGAAACCCUCACCUCGUCGAAGUGCUCUUCAGCGUCGCUCAUCCGGAAACAUCGUCACGUAUCCUGUUGUUGCUGUAGUUUCUGGUACUCCAGGGCCAAACCCAACACUGGUCAGACGUUCCAGUAUCAUGGAGCGAGCCGCCAUGUCAAAGAGAACCUAUGGGGCCCCUCCGUCGAACAGUCUCGGUUACUUGGCAGCUCUUACCUCCGGAGAGGACACUUAUGGAGCGAUGACCCAGGCCACGUCUUCAUCCGUCAAGGAUCCUACCCAAGCACUCUACAUAACCUAUGAUCAUACAGUUUCUGGCCCGCAAAAUCUGGAAACUCAGUACAAUUCUGCAACUCAAUACCUGUGCCUGAAUGAUGGAGUCGGUGAGGAUGACGAUGAUGUAGAUAACACCAUGGGCCCGGCCAACGAAUACGGAGCAACUGCACUCACUCUUUGCCAAAAUGGUGGUCAGCCGGGCACGUCGGCGCAAACUCAGACAAACUUGAGAAACAACGAUGCGGCAGAGGCAUUUAUUUUCUCGGUGGAUUCAGACACGGGCUUAAUCUCGUUCCUUUGGACCAAUCCGAACGGAGCCGUGCCCCAGACCACCUAUUUGCUUCCUGUGAACGAUCCAGAAGCCUCAUCGAACGGGAACACGGACAUGUUUUGGGUGUAUUCUGUAGACCAGUUCGACUCCGCUUAUGAGUCCGACUACCAAGAGCUCCAACUGUACGCUGUGUUCCCCCAGGAAAACUGA